GAGUCAAGAACAAACAGUGGGGACAGUAGAGGAAGCUUAGAGUUACAGCUGUAGUUCUAGGCAGAAAUGCUUGGCACAGAGACAGACAGAGACAGAGAGACAGAGGGGGAAGAGGUGAAGAGGGGGCGGUAGGGAGACCCAAGUCUGAGGAAGUAAACAACGGGGCUGCCACCACAGAGACGGAGGGCUCUGCUGCUGGGAAUCAGCCCCCUCACACUUUCCACUGCGAAGUGAAACCCCGCGCCUUGGGCUGGGGGGCGGAGCGGGCAGCGGGGAGCAGAGGAGAAGGACUGGGUCUGGAGGAGCAGCUCAGACGCUAGCGAGCUGCGGUGGGCUUGGCUGCACUCGGCUCUGGGCCCCAGCCCUGGCCUCUGAUCACUGUCCUGCCGCCUCCGGGGUCCCCUCUCCUGGGGGGGUCCUCUUACCUUACAUUCUUCCUCCGCCUUGCCUCCCUUCUCUCUCUCUCUCUCUCUCUCUCUCUCUCUCUCUCUCUCUCUCUCUCUUCUAUUCCCCCCAGGACCCUUUUCUGACCUCCCUUGGAGGGCUGGGGAGGCCGGAGGCCAUAGAGGAGAUGAAGGAGGUUCUGUUCCUUCGCUUUCUGCUUCUCAGACUGCUUUGGGACGCUACAGGUGUGUCUUCAGGGGCUGCGAAGGAGGUCUCCGUGGUGUGGGCCCAGGAGGGAGCUCCCGUUCAUCUUCCCUGCAGCCUCAAGUUCCCCCAGCUGGAUGCCAACUUUCUGAGAAGAGGAGGGGUCACCUGGCAACAUCAACCAGACAGUGGCCGCAUCCCAGCCCUUGACCUUGGCCAGGGGAUGCCCUCGCCCAGGAGACCGGCCCGCGGUCGCUACACCGUGCUGAGCGUGGCUCCGGGAGGUCUGCGCAGCGGGAGGCAGCCCCUGCAUCCCCGCGUGCAGCUGGAGGAGCGCGGCCUCCAGCGCGGGGACUUCUCUCUGUGGCUGCGCCCAGCUCAGCGCGCCGACGAGGGCGAGUACCACGCCAUCGUGCGCCUCCCGGACCGCGCCCUCUCCUGCAGUCUCCGCCUGCGCGUCGGCCAGGCCUCGAUGAUUGCCAGUCCUCCGGGAACCCUCAAGCCGUCUGAUUGGGUCAUCUUGAACUGUUCCUUCAGCCGUCCUGACCGCCCAGUCUCUGUGCACUGGUUCCAGGGCCAGAGCCGACUGCCUGUCCACAGCUCACCCCGUCAUUAUUUAGCUGAGAGUUUCCUCUUACUGCCCCAAGUGAGCCCUCUGGACUCUGGGACCUGGGGCUGUGUCCUCACCUACAGAGAUGGCUUCAAUGUCUCCAUCACGUACAACCUCAAAGUUCUGGGUCUGGAGCCCGUAGGCCCUCUGACAGUGUACGCUGCUGAAGGUUCUAGGGUGGAGCUACCCUGUCGCCUGCCCCCAGGUGUGGGGACCCCUUCUCUACUCAUUGCCACGUGGACGACUCCUGGGGGAGGUCCCGAGCUCGCGGUGGCUGGAAAGAGCGGCAAUUUUGCCCUUCACCUUGAGGCUGUGGGUCUGGCGCAGGCUGGGACAUACACCUGCAGCAUUCAUGUGCAGGGACAGCAGCUCAGUGUCACUGUCACGUUGGCAGUCAUCACAGUGACUCUGAAAUCCGUCGGGUUACCUGACUCUCCCGGGAAGCUGUUAUGUGAGGUGGCCCCAGCAUCCGGAGAAGAAAGAUUUGUGUGGCGCCCCCUGAACAAUCUGUCCAGGAGUUCCCCGGGCCCGGUGCUGGAGCUGCAGGAGGCCAGGCUCCUUGCAGAACAAUGGCAGUGCCAGCUGUACGAGGGCCAGAAGCUUCUUGGAGCAAAGGCGUACACAGCAGAGUCUAGCUCAGGUGCCUGGAGUGCUAGGAGAAGCUUAGGUGAUCUUAAAGGAGGCCAUCUCUUCCUCGUUCUCAUCCUCGGGGCCCUCUCCCUGUCCCUUUUGGUGACCGGGGCCUUUGGCUUUCACUUGUGGAGAAGACAGUUGCUACGGAGAAGAUUUUCUGCCUUAGAGCACGGGAUUCACCCUCCUCCGGCUCAGAGUAAGACAGAGGAGCUGGAGCGAGAACUGGAGACGGAGAUGGAACAGGAGCCCCAGCCCCAGCCCCAGCCUCAGCCCGGGCAGCUCUGACCUGGAGCGGAGGCAGCCUGCAGGUCUCAGCAGCUCCGCCCGCCCGAAUAAACUCCCUGUCAGCAGCA